AUGGAACAAGUCUCAGAAGCAGUUGGCAAGUUUACAGUUGAUCUUUUCAAAAAGCUGGAUGAGACCAACAAGGACAAAAACAUUUUCUUUUCCCCCUGGAGUAUAUCAUCUGCUCUGGCCCUGACAUACCUGGGUGCAAAAGGCAAUACAGCAAGAGAGAUGGCAGAGGUUCUUCAUUUCACUAGAGCUGUGGGAGCUGAUGGGUCAUCUUCUGUGGCCAGACCUUCUCGGGGGAGACCAAAAAGAAGAAAAAUGGACCCUGAGCAUGAGCAAGCUGAAAAUAUCCACUCUGGCUUCAAAGAGCUCCUGGCAGCCAUGAACAAACCCAGAAACACCUACUCACUGAGAACUGCCAACCGUAUCUAUGUGGAAAAAACCUACCCAUUGCUGCCUACAUACAUACAGCUUAGCAAGAAAUACUACAAGGCAGAGCCACAAAAGGUUAACUUUAAAACAGCAUCAGAACAAUCCAGGAAGGAAAUCAACACCUGGGUGGAAAAGGAAACUGAGGGUAAAAUCAAGAAUUUGCUGAGUUCACAAGAUGUGCUGAGCCACACCAAGCUGAUCCUGGUGAAUGCCGUUUACUUCAAGGCAGAAUGGGAAGAGAAAUUUAAAGCACAAGCAACGAAUAUGCAACCUUUCCGACUGAGCAAGAACAAGUCUAAGCCUGUGAAGAUGAUGCAUAUGAGACAUGUAUUUCCAGUUCUUAUCAUGGAAACAAUGAACUUCAAAAUGAUUGAGCUACCAUAUGUGAAACGUGAACUCAGUAUGUUCAUCCUACUUCCUGAUGACAUCAAAGAUGGUACUACAGGUCUUGAACAGCUAGAAAGAGAACUGACAUAUGAGAAGCUGUCUGAAUGGGCUGAUUCAAAGAAGAUGACAAAAACUCUUGUGGAUCUGUACCUGCCUAAGUUCAAACUGGAGGAGAAAUACACCCUCAGUGAUAAUCUGAGCAGCAUGGGAAUGCACACUGCCUUCACCAACAAUGCUGAUUUCAGUGGAAUGGGUGAUAAGAAGGAUUUGGCUAUCUCCAAAGUUAUUCACCAGUCUUUUGUUGCAGUUGAUGAGGAAGGCACUGAGGCAGCUGCUGCUACUGCUGUAAUUAUCGUAUACACAACUACACUUAUCAGCCAUGCUCUGACAUUCAAGGCUGAUCACCCUUUCCACUUCUUCAUCAGGCACAACAAAUCCAAGAACAUCCUCUUUUUUGGCAGAUUCUGCUCCCCUUAGAAUGAGUUAUUCCUUGCUCCCAGACAGCAUCUGAAGUUCACUUAUCAAUAGAAAAACGUGAACUGCAGCAUUCAAAGCUCAGGCUUAAGCCAUAUAACCAUAGGUACUGAAAGUAUAUCUCCUUUUUCUUUCCACACAACCCCAAGUGAGGCAGCACCCAGAGACCACCCUGUGCCUCAAAGACUGUCAUUCCACAGCUGCUUUCCAUUGUGCUAAUGAGACAGCUUUUCACAGAAAGCUGAAUUUUGCUCCCUUGCAUCAAAUUUGCAUUUCUGGCUUUGUUGUUCAGGAGUAAGGAGGAGUCGUAAAGGCUUUUUGCAUGCAGCCCAUCAUCUAGCCCCGUGCCUGGUGCCGACUUCAAGGGAAAUACAGCCUAUCCUUUUAGACCUCUCAGAGAGGAAAAAAUCCCCUAAGGAAGAGAAAAAAUAACAAUAAUAAUAAAAACUUGUAGAAAUCUAUAUGCUCUCUUUUCCUUACUGGGAAACCUGCAUUUGCAUUACAAUAUAGUUUCCUUAUCUUCACCAUUUUAAAGAUUGUUUGAAGUUAAAUACUUAAUACAAACCCAAAUUCCUCUCAAAAUGCCCCUUAUCUCCCCAUCUCACUGCAUACACAGAGGUACAUCACAUGCAUUCUCUAUAUUGCCGUUGCAGCUUCAUGAAAAAAUGGGGUAGUGAGGGAAAAUGGUCCACCCUUUAACAUUGAAUUGCCAAAUUCUGUUCAUUUUGCAGUACGUCCUAAUUUCUCUUAACUUUCAACUAUAAGGUUGCUAAGAGUUCCAACCAGCAUAAAGCCUAAGAAAACUACAAGCAGUAUGUCUUACUACUACCUCUUGUUGAUAUGCAAUCAAAAAAACUCCAGAAUUCAAAUCUGCUUCCUCUUUUUAAUUUAAUGUAAUUAUAUCUGUUUUCUUGGUAAGACCUGCAUGGUUUCCUGAUAUCAGAUAUCAUGCAUUGAUGAAUGUACGAUUUGUAAGUGAAGAGCGCAUUUCAGCCAAGAUAGUUCCGGUUCUCAGAGAAACACCAGUGAGAGUUUGAUUGAUGCUUUACUUCAUAAUUUUGCCAUGAUCUGCAUUUAAUCAAUAAAUGAACUCAGAGUUGUG